AUGAAGAAUUUAUAUGAAAAAUUUGCAUUUUUGGUACCAUCUGUACAAGCAGCGAUUUGUUUGCUAUUCGCAGCAAUUUGUUCUGGUUCUCCAAAUAUUGUUCAGUAUGCAGAAGACGCACUUGUAAACGUUUUACGAUGUGAUCCGCAAAUUUUGUACCCCUAUAUGAAUACGGUGCAUAAUCUUGUGACGGGUUCCAAUAGUGGUCAUGAAAAGCGCAAUCUAUCACCGAGUAGCCUAGUUGCGCCACCUACGUCUGAGUCACCUCAGUCGCCAUCUUUGACACCACCAAAUGCGCCAUCAGUAGUAGUAGCAGCAACACCAGACGUGUCAUUGUCAUCGUUAGCGUGCUCUCAGCGUACGUCUCCAGAAAGCAGUAAUCAGGGAGUUGGUGAUGAUUCCGGUUUUAUCAGCGGUUUUUCAAGUCCGGCAACUGUUUUAAGUGCCAGCAAGUUUGGAAAUCAUAACGUAGAUGGAAGAAGUAAAGGAAAUAAUUCUUCUUUACGACGACGUUUAAGGCGUUCCAUUAAUGUCGCACAUCUUAACUGUGCCCAAAGAUCAUAUGAAAAUAUGGAUAACGGUGUUAUAGCAUAUUAUCAUGCUAGUGAAGAUGAUUUUCUGAGUUCAUAUUGA